AUCAGCUUUUGCACUUUCAGGCGAAUAAUCUACCACAUUAAACAAAAAAAAAUUAUGUUAGGCUACAUUAAAAUAUAAGGUAUGAUAUCGUGAGAUAUUUAAAAUUGUCUGCUAAUUGCAAAGGGAAGACCAUUUUACAGCGAUACUAUCGGCAUCACCGAUAGUGCCGAUACGCCUAUGCCGAUAGCGACUUACUAUUAUUCAAAAAUGAUUGUCAAAAUUGUCAAUAAUGCCAAUUGCAGGUAUAAGGUUUAAUAAUUUUAAGGCAAAUUAAGGGCCUAUUCCCAAUCGCCAAUGCCAAAAAAAAAAAAAAAAAAAAAAAAAAAAAAAAAAAAAAAAAAAAAAAAGGCCAAUCAGUCAGUUCCAAUAUGAUUCCUUACCAUGAGGGACUUAAGUUUGCAAUAACACUAUCACUAACUAUUAACUAAGUCUAAGUCUAAGACUAAGUGAUAGUGAUAGUGAAAGAAAGGAAAAUUUACACAAUAUUUACCUUAAGCCUUAAUUAUAUAUGUUUAGUACAUAGUAUAAUAACAUACAAAGUACCACACAGUAGGCUACUUGAUUUAGUCUACAACUGAAAGAGAAAUAGAAAUAUAAAAUAAAAAAAAACAAAUAUAUUUUUUUUAUGAAAUUGUCACUUCAUUUUCAUUCUACCGGGGCGACCCUACAAUGGAUGUUAGUGAAUCUUCAUUAUCUGAAUCUACAAACAACUGCCUUCGCAGUACACUGAGUAGUAGUAGUGAGUAUUGCCGACGGAGAUUUAAAAGCACCAUUAUCAUGAAAUGUCAUUAAGCAAGUAGCCUUAACUUUAUUGAGAGGGGCUACUGACACUACUGUACUUUGUAAUGUUGUAAUUCACUUAGACUUAGACUUAUUUUAGUUGUAAUGGCCUUCUAACUCCCAGUUUGUGAUAACCUCGCUGAGUAGCCCUUGCAACCAGUGAAAUAUCCUCUUUGACACCAGGCACAGAAACAUUGCAUCCCCUCUACAUACAUAGGAGCCAGAAUGAUUAAUACAUUGAUUGUGGGCCCUUAAUAUAGAGAAGAAGAAGAAAGAUCAUAUUUGAGAGUUAGAACAAUAAAUUAAAUUCCAUACCAUUUAAAUAACGCUUUUUAUUAUAUGUGAUUGAAAUUGUGAUGGUUUUAUUUUUAGAAUUUACUUUUACUUGUCCAGCAAUCUAAAAAUAAUUACCAUAAUUUAAUAUUUAUAUUUAGCUGUGAUUUAAGUUAUUUAAGAAAUGUGUGUGUACUUUAAUUUUAACGUUAACAAAAAGAUGCAAUAAAGUUUCAUUUACAAAUUUAAGACCAACAAUUCAACAAUGCGAUGCCCGAUAUGUAGUCAUUUCUUAUUCCAAUAAAUAAUAUGAAUGAGCUAAAUAUGAGAUUAUUGUCGAAGUCUUAAAGUAGCACUAUUAUUAAUAAUUAAUUACUACUAAUAAUGGUAGCCUAUAAUUAUAACAGCAAAGCAAGAGGGGAUUUUAUUAAUAGGCUAAUCAUAAUUAUAUCAACCGGGUAUAGUAUAGUUUUGAAAAGAAAUGGUUUUAUAUUUUAAAGAAAAUUUCACAAAGUUUAUUUUUAAUAGCCUAUGUACUAUAUAAGAACAACUAUCUGACUGCAUCCACUAAAAUGCCACUUGGGUUGGUUGCCCCCCCCCCCCCCCCCCCCCCCCCCCCCCCCCCCCCCUCCCCCCCCCCCCCCCCCCCCCCCCCCCCACUGUCUACAACCCUGCAAUAUCAUUUUUCUGUGUCCGAAUAAUGGCAAUUCCUUUAGUUUAACAUGUGUGCUCCAAAAUGUUCAAAGUUUUACACACAAAAAGUAAUUAAUAUUACUGGUACCAAAGUAUUGAAUAGAGAAUUUGAGAACUUAGAAAAUAAACUUGGGACUUAUUGCAUAAAGUAAAAUGAAAAUAGUAAUGAAGAAAUUAUAAAAAAAUACAUAAAAUUUAUAUUAUAAUUUAGAAGCUAAUCUCCCCAUUCCUUGAAAUUAAAUAAAUAGGUAUUUCAACUUAAUAUAAUCAGUUGAUUCACAUUAAAAGUUUUUUUUAAAACUCGAGCUAUAAAGUCAAAUUCUAAUUGCCUUGAGGUUUGCAAAACAUUUUUACUAAACAGAACUUUGGAUUUUUUUACCUAUAUGCUGUCAUCCUGUUUAAUUCAGAUUGUAUUGUAUUGUUCAUUUUAAAAAAAAAUCUUGUUUGUAAUAGUUUACCUUUUAGGUUUAUGUACAAAUGCUCAUCUCAAAGGCUCAUAUUAUUUACAGUUGAGUUAAAACUAAAACAACCACAAUGCACACGCAGCUGAGAAGAAGUAUUCAACAUUCACAAAAAUAUGCUGCAUACCUUGAAGAGAGGAUACGGCAAAAGGAAAAAAAAGAAAAAUUUAAAAAAAGGAGACUAUGGAUGCAUGACGGUGAUGGCGUAGAGUCAGCUGAAAUGAGUUUCAUAAAAGCUGAAGUCGAAGAUGAGCAGGAAGCUGGACAGAGCCAGCAACUUGAAGACGGGCAGGAACUCGAAGACAAGCCUGAAAUAGAAGAUAACAGGGAAACUAAGUACAACAAGUCAAUUUAUUAUAACAAGAACAUUGAAGAUAACAAGGAGAUUGAAGAUGACAAUGAAAUUGAAAAUAGUGAGAAUAACAAGGAAAUUGAAGAUACCAAGGAUAUAGAAGAUAACAAGGAAAUAGUUACCCAGAGUGAAAUCUCAACAUUAGAUGAAAAGAAAUUCCUUCUUAGGUAUGACUGUGCUUGCAGAGCAGUAUCAUCUUAAAAUUAGUCUUUGAUUAAAAUAUCUUUAAAUUUAAUUAUAAAUUAAUGUUUCUCAUUUAUAACUAAGAAUACUUAAUCACUUCAACAUCAGCAAAUUAGUAAGUAUACAAUUUUGAUUCAUUCCAUUCAAUAAAAUAAAUGUGAUGGAAAGUUUACUUUUUUCACUGGACAUUUUCAGAAUACAAUUUAAUUUAUAAGAUAUUGAUAAAUAAAUGCAAAACAUGAAAAUUGAUUUUUAAAAUUAAUUUUUUUUAAUAAUUAAAUUACUUUAAAAAAUUUUUUUUAGGGUAAAAUUUCAAGAUAACAAUCGGUUGCAGUAAGUUUUAAAUGCAAAUGUUGAUCUCUUCUGCAGUGCUAAUGUACCAUCCCUGAAAAAUUUUUCACCUGUAACUGAUACACCAACCAUACUUCGACCCUCAGUAAGUACCCCGUCAUGUCAGUCGACAUAAUCUGUCAGCAGCUUUUUAAAGAUUGACUUAAUUUUAACUCUUUCCUAGGCUUUAUAAAUAUUAAAUUUAUCCUAAAAUCUUUUUUUCUUCCUCUUCAGCUUCUUGUAAUGACCACAGGAUUCCCUACUUCUCAACCACUAAUUGGUAUGCCCAUAAACUACCUCCUUAUAAAAUCAUCCUUUGUAUAUAUUUUUCUAGCAUGACGUAACACAUUUUUGGGGUUAUUUUCAACUCUUUCAUAAGGUGUUUUAAAAAUUAAAAAAAAUCAUUUAACUUUUAAUUUUCUAAAUUUUAGAUUUUUAGUAUAUAAACUUCAACAUUUUAUUGCUGUUAAAGCUUUGAGAUUCUUUUGAGUAAAUUGAGUACAAACCAUCAUGUUUCAAAAUUUGAUCCAGUUGAUAAUUACUCUUCAUUGUCUGUUGAAAAAACCAGAUGAAUGUGCAAAUUCUAACUCAUGCUCUGUUUACAUUUUCAAACUGUAGAAAAUAUACCUCUCUAAAUUGGAAGUAUGCAAAACAAAGGAAGGAGAAAAACCUAGGGAAAAAAUUGCUGAAAAACCCUGCCUAUUGCUAGAUUUCUUGUUUAUUUGGAUUUUCCUCAUCAAAUUUUGAUUUUUGCACAUUCAGCAUUUUAGUUUUAGCCACACAAACCCCCCCCCCCCAAAACCUUUAAAUUCCUAGGCACAUAUGUAAGUGGUACACAUGGACUGGGGAUUCGGCCCCCAGUUUUAGCCACACAAACCCCCCCCCCCCCAAAACCUUUAAAUUCCUAGGCACAUAUGUAAGUGGUACACAUGGACUGGGGAUUCGGCUCCCUGCUGGAUGGCCGCUUCCAGAGUGCAGUCCCAAAGCAACGACAAAGGCGAUAUCAAAGAGUAAACCCAGUGCUCCUUUCAGGUAAUAUGGCUAUUUUGUCUCAGUGAGCUAAUUCUAUGCUUUUUUUUGGUGACUAUCCACGUAUAAGAAUGACAUAAAAGUGUUUCUUUUAACACACACACAAAAUGAACACAUACAUUCUUUGAUCUGUCAUCUGUAUUUUCUUUAUUACUGUUGGAAUUUUUAUGUGCAUUUAAACUUUCUUGUCAUGUGUGAUCAAUUUUACAUUCUUGGAAAUGUAUUAUAAAUUUUACAAAUAUAACUAUUAAAAUAUAAAUUUAUUCAAUUUUGAGAAUUUCUUAUCAAACUGCUGAUAUCAAAAUGCAUGAUCAUUUCAUUUUCAAGUGCAAAAAAAUUUUAAAAAAAAAAAAAUUAAAAAAGAAGACUUUUUUUUUAGGUUUUAAGUGAAAUAAACAUGGCUUUUUCAGUUCUGCCCGACAUUACAUUUUUUUGGUUGUUUAAAGUUGAAAAACUGUAAUUUCAUAUUUUUUCAACAGUUUGUUGAAUACAUGGAUGUCUCUUAUAUCAACUUAAACUAUAAAUAAUAUUAAAUUUAACAUUUGUUCCUAUGUAUUUUAUAAAUUUUUAUAUGGGAUUCUCAAAGCAAUCUGACCAUGAUUAUUAAGGCAUUUAAUUUCAUUCAGGCAAAAAAAAGAAAAAGAAGUGGCACGAGCACAAGUGGCAAUAUCGAAAUCAAGGAC